AUGGCCUCUUCACCCGCCCGCACCGUCCAGCGCUCGCCGCCGCAGCACUCGCAGCCCCGCAGCAGCCAGACGCCCACCUCGCAACACCGCCCCCGCGGCCAAUCCACCUCCAACGACGACCAGUCCGACACGGACAGCGACUCCUCGCGCAUCACCGCCCUCUCCAUCCGCAAGCAGCACACGCACUCGCCCAACACAAACUACCCCCAGAGCACCCCGAGCUACAGCCCGCAGCUGCAGCGGCCCACCGUCGCCCACGUGUCGAGCAAUGUGCAGAGCGCCAUAAACGAGCUGUCGCGCGACCAACGCCCGCCCGGCGUGCAGACUCCGCCGUCGCAUCCCGGCCAUCGCCCCCGCCAGCACUCGCAGGGCUUCUUCGAGCCCUCGCUGCCCACCGCCUCGCACUCCAACUCGCCGAGCAUGUCCAAUUUGUCCGCCUCGCAGAUCGCAGCCCAGGCUGCGAUGCACGCCCAGCAACACGACCACCAGCUGCACCGAAAGCGCUCCACCACCAUACCCGAGCCGGGCCAGAACCUCCCCGCCCGCCGGAAGCCUUCGAGCCCGUCGCCCGUCGUGCCGCCGCUGAACAUAAAUCCAGGUCUGAGCGUGCCCAGCCAGUAUCAGAACGGUGUUCUUGGGGGCCAGAAGAGUGCCGCGACCGCCGCGGCAAAUACCGUGUUCCCCAGAAGCCCGCUUGCAUCGCCCAGUCCCGAAUUCAAUGCCCGCCCCAUGUCGCCCCAAGUGAUGCCCGAGAAGGAAGCGAAGCCCGUCAAAGAAAAGUCCAAGAUGAAGCUGUUCUCCAAGCCCAAGAGCAUAGGCAUCUCCAGAGAAAAGGACAUCACCAAAGGGCUGCCUGCCCUCCCUUCGCCCAGUCGCCCCGGCAUGUACAGCUCGAGUGCCCUGUCGAUGAACCAGUCAACCACCAGCUUGAUCGACCACAAGAUGCCUGCUCCGUCCUUGUAUUCUCUCGCGAAUGCCUCAACCUCGACCCUUGUUCCGUCGGAUCGCUUGCCCAUGUUGCCCGAAAAAGAAAAAGAAAAGGAAAAGGAAAAACACCAUCGCCAUUUCCUGUCGCGUCAAAAGCACAAGCUCAAGCAUGAUGAUCACAUCCUCCCGCUUUCUUCUGCAUCUAGCAAUUCCAAGCCCACGGAUCCAAGCGCGCCCCAGCCGCUCUACAACUUUGCCGCUCCCAACUCGCCUGGCCAUUCAAGCACCUUUGCUCAGUCAAUGAGCGGUCUGGACCUGAGACACGGCGGCCGAGCCUUGCGUCAGAAGAAGAAGGAAGAAAAGGCUGCAAACGCUCACGCUGCAUCUCUUGAGAACAUAGAAACAACGUACCGCGAGCGCGAUCCCUCGCUUCAGUUGGAGCGUCCCGAAUGGCCGGGUACUGCGGGUCUGAGCACAUCCGCACCUUCUGCAUCUUUGCUUUCGGCUGGGCUUGCUCUAGAAACACCACAGACAUCUGUAGCAACCCUUGGUGCCAUAUUCGGUGUGCCACAAAUGACACCAGACGAUGCCUGGCCCCUUAUCAAGGCGCGCGUUCUUCUGAUUUUCGAGGGCGAGGACCCUCGACCGCCAAUAGAGGAUUUCAAUGCCCUCGUCUCGGUCCAUCUCCGACGCUGCAUACAGCGGCAGGCGCCGACGAUUAUCAUAGAGGAUCUCGCUGAGUUGCUGCAGACGGGCUUUCUCUCCCUCGACCAGACGUUGCGACACUGUCCGGAUGACCGGCUCGUACCGAAGCUGGUGGAUAUGUGGACUAUCAUUCUGUACACGAUUCUGCCCUUUGUACAAGCUGUCUUUCUGCCUCUCGACAUGGAAUUCAAGGGUAGAGGUAUCAUGAAUCCGAAGGAAGCGGCAGGGUUUUGGGGAGCCUCUCUUCCCAACAGGAGCCGUGCAGAUUCUGACCAGUCGAGGUCGAAGCAACUCCCCACCAUCGGCGAGGAGCUUGACGUUCGGCGCUUGACGCUCAUCACUUUCCGUGACAUCAUCAUCCUCCCUCGUAACGACGCGCUUAUGGCCAUCUUCUCUCGCUUGUCUCUUGAGAACAUCAACGCUGGUAUCGUGGACUCGCAUCCCUCGCCCGACGCGACGAGCCAGGUAUCGCACCAAACGUCACCAGCGACAUACCCUGCCCGUCCUGGAACUUCGACCAGCCUCGGUGACACGGGCUGGCCGGCCAGCCACAGCAUUUCGCAUAGCCACAAUUCGGCCUCCAACAUCCUCGAAAGCACCGCGUCAUCCUUUUCGAACCCCUUCACUUCAUCGAAUUCGCGCAGCCGUGCCACGUCCAACACGUCUGCGGGUUCCUUCCACAGCCUGCCGACCAACGUGCACCUGGCGGGCCACGGGCGUAGCCAUUCGAACCCGCAGAACUUCUACAACCAUCAGCUGGCACCCCCACCCGCUUCGCCAGUGCCACCGCAGCCGAUGGACACGGCCAAGGUCAUGGAGACGGUUGCGCGCAUGCUCCAGUGCGUUAGCAUUCUCAUCAGCAUUCGGAGCGGCGACGACGCCCAGACAAAGAUGGAAAGGCUAGCGGCGGAGCUCAAGUACAACUGGUUCGGCAGAGGGCGGACGGGUAGGAAUAGGAGGGGCUUUGUUGGGAGGAAGGGGACGAGUUUAGGGACGCUGGUGAGGGUUGGGGAGGGAGAGUGA